AUGACGAAGGAUGGGAUGAAUCCAGUGAAGAAAGCUGGCGCGCCUGUAUUGAGUGUUUGGGCCCAACCCCCCUAUCGAAAGCCGUUCAAAUUGUGGCAGCCGUGGUCUACUGGUUACGAUUACCGCUCGGCCCGUGGCAUUGAGGCUCAAUUGCUGCUGCUUCACGGGUUAUCUCCAGGUAUAUACAUGACCCGCAUUUCACUCAAUCAAAGCGCUGCAGCACUCGCCGCAAAAACUAACCGGGAUACAAAAUACGACAUGUCGACCGCGGCCCCAACCGAGCACACGGAAAAGGUGAUGGUCGAUUUCUAUAUUGGACUGGGCCUGGCCGUCUCUUCUUCCCUUUUUAUUGGUUCUUCAUUUAUCAUUAAAAAGAAAGCAUUAUUAAAGUUGGCUGGCGGUGGUGACUGUACAGCGCGAGCAUCCGAAGGUGGUUUCGGAUAUUUGCGAGAAUGGAUGUGGUGGAUGGGGGUCAUUACAAUGGGCCUCGGCGAGGCAUGUAAUUUUGCCGCCUAUGCAUUCGCCCCAGCCAGUCUGGUCACACCGCUCGGUGCCCUAUCCGUUCUAGUCACUGCGAUGCUGUCUUCGCGGAUGCUGAAAGAGAGACUAAACUUGCUUGGCAAGAUCGGGUGCGCAGUGUGUUUACUCGGGAGCACGGUGAUCGUGAUUCAUUCGCCGAAAGAGGAGGAGGUGGCUUCGAUGGCUGACUUGGCAUUGAAAAUGAAAGAUGCUGCAUUCCUCCUCUACGUCGUUGCCAUCAUCCUAGUGACGAUUUUUGUGAUCGUCUAUGUUUGUCCACGAUACGGGCACUCAAAUAUCCUGUGCUACAUCUCUGUCUGUUCCCUCAUCGGAUCGCUCUCUGUCCUCUCCGUCAAGGGACUUGGCCUGGCCAUCAAAGAGACGCUUUCUGGAAACCAACAAUUCACCAAUCUACUCACAUAUUUUUGGCUUUUCUCCGUGAUAGCAUGUGUUUCAGUUCAACUGGUCUACUUAAACAAAGCUCUUGAUAUUUUCAAUACUUCUAUGGUCACCCCGAUCUACUAUGUCUUUUUCACCACGUUUGUCAUCCUUGCUUCAUCGAUUUUGUACAAAGAAUGGAGCUGUCUGGGCGCGUCUGAUGUCCUCGGAAACCUCAUCGGGUUCCUCACGACCAUCAUUGGCAUUUUCCAGAUGCAACUUUUCCGUGACGUCAACAUAUCCCUCCGCCAUGUCCGAGUGCUCCUCAACAAGCCCUCAUGCUCACUUUCUCAACUGGAAUUCCACAAUUCCGCCUCGUCACUGGUCGACGACCUGUCCCCGCAGCAGCGGAAAACCGUGUACACA